AUUUACUAUUUGGCGGGAAGGGUAGCUGCGUUUCACAACAACACACAACUCUUCACAGCAGAAGCUACUGGUGUUCCGUCGGGUUUUUACACCGAAAAACUCCUGGACUGUUUUGCUAUUCGUGGAAAAGCUAACCCACAUGAUGGAUAACUCCCAACACAACGGCAAAGUUGAGGAGAUUUCCAAGAAAUUACAAACGUCUUUGUCCAUGGAUACAGAAGACAAGAUGGAAACCUACCAAAGGUUCAUUCAAGAAGGGAAAGAUGUUGCCAGACAAGGGGACAUGGACCAAGCGCUGAAGUUUUUCAAACUGGCUUACAAAAUUCACCAGAGUAAUAAACUUGAAGGCCGGAUACAGAAAAUUGAAGAACUUCUUGCUCAGGAUGACUCGGAGGAAGAAGAUGAAGAGUUUGUGAAUGUUAACGGCAGUGGCUUAAUGCUUUUCAAAGAGUUGUAUGACAAGCUUUAUGACUACCAGAGAAAUGGAGUCGCCUUCUUGUACAGUCUCUACAGAGAUGGGCGUAAAGGUGGGAUCUUAGCAGAUGACAUGGGCCUUGGUAAAACCAUCCAGGUGAUAUCAUUCCUCUCAGGCAUGUAUGACUCUGAACUGGCUAGGUUCACACUUCUGGUCAUGCCAACUUCUCUCAUCAGAAACUGGACCAAGGAGUUUGCCAAGUGGACUCCCGGCAUGAGGGUAAAGGAGUUUCACGGAGCGACCAAAGAAAGGACCAGGAAUUUAGAGAAAAUUCAGAGGAGAAGUGGAGUUAUCAUCACCACGUACACUAUGCUAAUGAAUAACUGGCAGCAAUUGGCAUCUUACAAUGGCAAAGAGUUCACAUGGGACUACAUGAUCCUGGAUGAGGCACACAAGGUCAAAUCCUCAACCACCAAAACAGCCAAAAGUGCUUCCACCAUACCUUCAAAAAACAGAGUUCUUCUAACCGGCACUCCAGUCCAAAACAACCUGAAGGAAUUGUGGGCUCUUUUUGACUUUGCUUGCCAAGGGACUCUCCUAGGCACAGCCAAAACAUUCAAAACGGAGUAUGAGAACCCAAUCACCCGGGCCAGAGAGAAAGACACCACUCCAGGGGAAAAGGCCCUCGGGUCUCGAAUGUCUGAGAACCUUAUGGCCAUAAUCAAACCCUACUUCCUCCGCAGGACAAAAGCAGAAGUGCAGAAAAACAAAGGCACAAUUCUGUGCAAAACAGAAUAUUCAGAGAACAAGGACAGCAUAGUCCAAAAUACUCCAAAUGGCUGUGGCGCAGAGAUGCCAACACUGACUAGGAAGAACGACUUGAUUGUCUGGACCUACCUUAGCCCUGUUCAGGAAGACAUUUACAGGCAGUUCAUUUCACUUGACCACAUCAAGGAGCUGCUUAUGACCACCAGAUCACCUCUAGCUGAAUUGAACAUAAUGAAAAAGUUGUGUGACCAUCCAAGACUGCUCUCUGCUGCAGCCAUAGCCAAGUUAGGUUUAGAGGAAAGUACAGCUGCAGCUCAGCAGAACAAAGACACAGGCCUGUGCACCAUCGCCAACAUUCCAGAUGAUACCCUAAUAGCUGAGUCGGGGAAGCUCGUUUUUCUGUUUGCACUUCUCGAAAGGCUCAGAGAAGACGGCCACCGCACACUUGUCUUUGCUCAUUACAGGAAAGUGCUUGACAUCAUCGAACGCAUCCUGGGUAACAGAGGCUACAAAGUACUGAGAUUGGAUGGCACAAUAAUUCAGCUUGCAGAGAGAGAGAAGCUAAUCACUAAGUUCCAGACAGACAAAAGUUACUCUGUCUUCCUCCUGACCACCCAGGUUGGAGGGGUUGGUAUCACUUUGACGGCAGCAAACCGAGUCGUGAUCUACGACCCUAGCUGGAACCCAGCAACAGACGCCCAGGCUGUUGACAGGGCUUACCGCAUUGGCCAGAGCGAAAAUGUCGUCAUCUACAGGCUGAUUACCUGCGGCACGGUAGAGGAGAAGAUCUACAGAAGGCAGGUCUUUAAAGACUCUCUCAUUAGACAAAAUACCGGGGACAAAAAGAACCCUUUUAGGUACUUCAGCAAGCAGGAGUUGAAAGAGCUCUUCCUCUUGGAGGACACACGGUCCUCGUCCACUCAGCUGCAACUUCAAGCCCUGCACUCCAGACAUCGACGGACAGAUGCUGAAUUGGACGAACACAUUGCCCAUCUCCACACUAUGGAAAUGUUCGGGAUCUCUGACCAUGACCUCAUGUUUUCCCUCGAUGUCAACCACGAUGAUGACCCUGAAGACCAAGAGGCCCAUCACUACAUUGAAGGGAGAGUGCAGAAGGCCCAGGAGCUGAUGAAGGCUGAGUCAGAUUUACAGAUGCAGAUGACAGAGAGCAUGGCAUCAAACACAGAACCAGCCUGGCUCAGACAACCAUCGGACAACCACAUCAGAGAGCAGUCUGAGAAAAAACCAAGAAAUCCAAAACCAAGUCCUUCCUAUCCACAGUAUGAUAGCAACUCUAACGGAUCACCAGCCGUGAUAGAUCUGGACCUAACUGGUUCUGAUGAGGACGACGGCCAACACUAUUUGACAGGCAACGUUAUUGAUCUUACUGCAGAUGAGGGUAUGUCAGAAGAACAUCCUAUCAUUGAAGUAAACCAGGGCGAGCUUGCUGAGCUGAACCUAUACUCUCCAAAACACGUGUCAGUUAAUCAGGAGAGGAGUUACUUGGUGGUAGAGGAAUCCUCCCCUCCGGAGGUGAUUGAAGAGUCUCUGGUGGUCUCGGAUACCAGUGAUGCUGAAUUAGGUGACAUGGCAGAUGCCUCCAAUCCAAAACUAAAAGACCUAGUUUCUCUGUGUGAGGCUGCCAUUGAUUCAGCAGGUGACGGCAGCAUGCUCUAUGUUACAGCAGAUAAUGAAGAUGAAAAACUGCCAAAUGGAACCUCACAGUCAAGAAACAACUCCAAGAUCGACUUGGACCUUUCACAUUCAACCGCACUGCAGAACAAAAGCCUUUCUGUCUUGCAAGCUUCCACUUCAAGCUUCAAAGCAGACAAAUCAUCCAAUCAAGACGGCACAGGGCUUGAAUCCUUUGGAGGCAACUUCAAUUUGCAGCUUGAAGAUAGUGACACGCCCUCAGACCCAGGUGAUCUGGAUAAUCAGGACACUGAAGAGCAGGAGAGAGAGCUGUUGUCACAGCUGCAGAUGGAGGGGAGUUUUAACAUAAAUAAAUCUCUUUGUGAGAAACAACAUAAGGAAGCAGUCAGCCCAAGCCUCACUCGCAACAACUCUGAAACGGACAGUUCAAUGGAUCAUUCCAUUGUGAUUAAUAGGAGAAAAAGAGCAGCAGUAAUUCGUGAUAGUGAUGAAGAUGAUGAAGAUGAUGUUGAUGACGGGAGUCACCUGGAAAAUUCCUUCCAGGUUCUUGGCGCCUCCACACCUAAAUUGGUGUCAUCUGUCCGCACUCCUCUUCGGUCAAGAAAGAGCGUCGGAGGCAACACUUCUGUGGCCUCGCGCAAGUCUUUCAUUCUAUCCAUCAUGGAAGAUAUGGAGAACAAUAAAGAUGGAAGUACCGACAACCAAGAAAUGAAUAGUGAGGACGAAGAAGAUGAUGUUUCAGAAAGGCAUUCGGACGAAGCUGAGGAGGACUUCAUUGGUUCAACUCAUGAUGAGAUUCAGCUGGAAGAGACACUUGACAUAGAGGGCGAGGAAGAUGUGGAAGAAGAGGAGGCAGAAGUAAAAGGAGAGAACGAGUAUGAUGAAGAUGAUGAUGCAGAGUCAGUAGAGGACAUUGAGGAAUCUGAACAGGAAAUGAGCAGCAACAUGGAGGAGUCGACAAGUGAGCUCGAGCUGGCCUCUGAUGAACGAAUGGAUCAGUGCACCGCUGAUGGAGUCAAAUUGAGCCGUAACAGCGUCCUGUCAGAGGACGAGAGCUUUGACGCCCUGGUCAGGAAAGGGAAAGAGUACCAGAGCAAAGGCAAGCCGGACGAAGCAUUGAGCUGCUUCCUGAGAGCUAUUGACAUCAAACCUGGAGAUCCUGUGGUUCAGCUCAUGACCAUCCAACUGUACCGGCAGCUGAGCCAGAAAAGUUAAAAACAAUCCUGCUGCAUAAAAAAAUAACCUGAACCUUAAAUGAUACGGUUAGAAUAAAUAUUUGGGACAAUGUGGACAAGAAAACCAACUAUGUGUUUGUUUCAAAGGACCUCACAUUAAUAAUAACACUUCAAGACAUGCAACAUGACAACAAAGGGGCACAAUGCGACUACAAAGAGAAAUUCAAGUACAAAUAAUAAUAUAAGUUUAAGUUAUUGGUUUGUUUUGCUAGAUGGGUUCAGGAUAGCAGUGAUAACUGUUUAUCGGAAAGCACCCGGUGACUGUGUGAAGAACAAACGUUUUUUUUCCAGAAUGAUUGAUGUUUUAAAAUAUCCCGUUCUGUCUAACCAUCAAUGUUCAGCUCAAAUGAUCAAUCGAUUGACUAUCAAAGUAAUGGAGAAUACAUUGUUUCAGCUCCAACAUGUAUGUUAAAUCUACAUUUUAUUCAGUUUUACAAAUUAAAAGUUCAUGAAGUUGUCGCUUUGAAAACAUACGUUGGGGUCCUUAUUCGAUUGGUUGUGAUUUAUCGAACAACUCGAUCUUUAAAAAAAAAGUUUUAUGGUUGCAGUAAAUAAAAACAAAUUUGCACAAUACAACACAUUUAAACCUUUACCCCUUUUUUUGGAAUGCUGUAGACUAAAUAAAUAUUUGAUUGAUUUGACAGUUCUAAAAUUAUAUACUAGAUGCCUAAGUUAAGUGAUGAGGUAAUAUAUAUAUUUUUUAAAGUGUGUAUUUGCAUAUAGAAACUCUGUACAGAACAUAAAAACCACUACAGAUGUACACAAACAAAUGUAUUCACACGUAAAUAUAACGUUAAAAAAACAACAUUGGGGCAGUAAAAUUAAAAACGGCCAUAGCAAUUAAUUAUAAAAAAUACAUUUGAAAAGUUAUAUAUUUCCAGUGUCUCUUUUGGAACUCUAUUGUUUCGUCGUUGCACAUUUUUCAAUAUGCCAUACAUUCUGCCAAAAGCGUAUUUACAAAUGAGUUGACAUAGUUGUGAAUUGAUUGGCAGAUGGAGCGUAAAGCAUUAGGUGCGUUUGAACACAUUCUUGGGACCUCCCGGUUUUGUUUGUGUGAAGGUCGACCUUUGAACAGAUCAGUUUCACCUUCCUUCUGAUGGUCACAGUAUAAUAAAGUUAUUAUCAUGUGAACAAGGGGGCGCUCAGAUUGCUUUACUGCACAGCCCGGGCGGAAUUGCGCUUGCGCGCUAUGAGCUUCCCCCCCCUCAAUUUGUUAAAACACCAGCUGGAGAUUACUUUUGUGACCCGAAUUGAAACAAAGAGCCAAUAACUUCUGGUGUAGUUAGUUUGACUUCAAAAUAAAAGCCCUGACUUUUAACUUAAAAUGACUAAUAUGGCAAAAAAGAACGAAAACUGGCUUGUAUUAUAAACUAGUUAUUCUUAUUCUUAUUGUUGUUGUCAUUAUCAUUAUUUUUGUUGUACAUUUAAUAUUUUUGUAGGUUGCCACGUGUGUUCAUUUGUAGAACAUGCAAUUAAUCUGAAGAAUAAGUCUUCGAAAAACUCACCCAACAAUUAAAAAAAAUAAAAAUAUACAUUUUGUUAAUACAGAAGUAUGGCCAUUAUACUGUAUACACCUUUAAAUGUACUUUACCUGAAUGUUUACUUAGAUUCAUAUACAGUACAUCUGUCUGACAUCAUUUGUAACUUUACAAAUAAAGAUAGCAGUCAAACAAUG